AUGCCAGCCGGGGGGAAACAAUCUCAGGGUCAAAUAAUUCCGAAAAAUCUUAGAGGUAUAACACUUUUAAUUGUAGACCAAGUUAUUAUCAUUAAUAGGAUAAAUCAGCCAACCAAGGCCGAACAAACUUAUUUGCCGCAAUUUUAA